ACAGGGGUCCAGCAAUGCUGACACACAACCACUGCUCAGCACCCCUCCAAUGGCCCUGGAUACCGACUACUCCCCGAGGGCAGACAAUACGAUGCCUAUGUCCAGCCUAGUCCAUUCUCACCGCUCAACCCAUGUGGAUGCAGCCUGAGGGGAAGAUAUCAUUGUGCCAACUUCCGUCCCAUCCAACCAAAACAGGUCAGCUUGAUAGACCAUGUCAUAAUGACUCGAUCACACCGUCCACGGGACCGUGGCGCCUUCGAGAUUGCAAUCAUAUGCGCCAUUGAAGUGGAGAGCAAUGCUGUGGAAGGAGUCUUUGAUGAAGUCUGGGAAGGAGACAAUGGCUUCGGUAAGGCUCGGGGAGAUUACAACACGUAUACGACAGGCAGGAUUGGUUUGGCCAACGUGGUGUUGGUCUACAUGCCGGGAAUGGGCAAAGUGGAAUCAGCGAGCGUGACUGCAGCAUCUCUAGGCUCGUUCCCCAACAUCAAGCUUGGGCUCGUUGUCGGCAUCUGCGGAGCUGUCCCGAUGCCACCGAACAGAAGAGCGAUCUUUCUUGGAGACGUGAUCAUCAGCACAGGUGUCGAGCAGUACGACCUUGGGCGCAGAUUCAGACAUGGUUUGAGGACCAAGGACACCUUGGAUGACAAACUCGGACGAUCUACCCGCGAAAUUCGAUCUUUCUUGAAGAAACUCCGUGGUUUUCAGGGCGGCGAACGCUUGAGAAUGGGUACGAUUAGCAACCUGACUCAAUUGUGGCAGGACAAAAACUUUGGUUCCUACACAUACCCAGGUGCUGAUGCUGACGUUUUGUUUUCACCCGAUGUCCUUCACAAACAUUCAGAUCAGGACUGCGAGUGUGCUGAAGAGAAAGAUGCUAUUUGUGAUCGAGCCAGGGAAAUGAGUUGCAAGGAGCUCGAUUGUGGCGAGGAGCUUCAGCCUGUGCGCCAGCGUUCGUUGUUGGUGGGCAUUGACGACGAGGGUGUGACCCCUCCACCCCCGAUGAUUCACUUUGGUAAGAUUGCCUCGGGGGAUCAAGUGAUCCUAGACGCUGUCUUCCGCGACCAAUCCUGCCGACGGACUGGGGUGAUCGCUUUUGAGAUGGAAGGUGCUGGCGCUUGGGACAAUUUUCCCACUAUCAUCAUCAAGGGCGUCUGUGACUAUGCCGACAGUCACAAGAAUAAGAGCUGGCAGUCGUAUGCCGCAGCAGUUGCAGCAGCCUCCAUGAAGGCUUUCAUGUCUCAGUGGGCGAGCUCAGACUCGUAUAAACUAGACAUGAUGUCAACUACGCCAGCCGAGGAAGCUCAUGUCAGCGACUUCGAUAUUCGCAGGCAGAGCACCGCAUUACGAGGCGACGCCUUCCCUCACAAACUGUUUCGACCCAAUUCUGAGUAUGAAGACAAUGAGGAUCCUUAUAACGCUAGAGCCAAGUCUCUUGAAUUGCAUGGGCUGCCCCAUCGCCUUUCUUCACUGUUAUGGUAUCUUGGACACACGAGCUCGGCGAAAUCCAUGUUUACUAUGGUACUGGUUUUGGCCGUGUUAGCUUUUGUGGCUUCGAUCCGGAUGCCGAAGAUGAGCGGAUCCUCUAAACAUUCUGCGCAACAUUGGGAAGAGGAUAUCAAUUCUAAUUACCCGAUAUUUGCAGUCAUUGGCCUCACCGGAGUAGGAAAGAGUUCCUUUAUCAGCCUACUCGGCGGAGUCAAUGCAUCAGAUGCACCACCUGACAUAAGCGCUGGAUUGGAGCCUUGUACCAGCGACGUCGGACUUUACGAGGCCACGGUAGAUGAAAGACCAGUAUAUUUUAUGGAUACGCCAGGAUUUGACGACAACAAAUUGUCAGACAAAGAAGUGCUGCAGCAAAUCUACGAGAAGCUACAGAUGCUCUCUCAGGGAGACAAGCUGAUCAAAGGUAUGAUCUAUUUGCAUGACAUGAGACAAACACAGAUUGGCGGCCUCGCAAGGGUGAGUUUCCAAAGAUCAUGCUCAGGAUAAGAUGGA